AGCAUCUGUAGCGUUAAGUGGACCGCGGCUAUCUUUCUCUUUUUACAUCUGCAGUGUGUAGUAAUUCUAACGUAUAACUUAUCCAUGUGAACAAUUUACACAUCUAUAGAGAAAGAGAGAGAGAGCAGAGAGAUAGAAGCAUUGAAGUGAACACAAUUAUACAAGAUGAAUCUUUCUGUAAUUCAUUGGUUUUCCCAUUUUUCCAAAAAGUCCUUGAUACCAAUUCAGUAUACGAUACAAACGAGAGGUUAUGCUAAGCCAGUGAAAAAAAUGAAGAGACCCCCCAUGAUGGUAAUAGAGAAAAAGUUACUACCGGUGGAAACAGAUCCUCAUAAGCUUGUAAAUUAUGUAUGCGGUACAAAUAUCUCGAAAGAAGGAGGAGAAGACGUCGAGAUAAAGCCGGACUCCGAGUAUCCUAGCUGGCUGUGGAGUAUUAAGACCGGCAAGGCAGCCACCCUGGACGAAUUGGACCCAGAUACGAAACAAUAUUGGAGAAAAGUACGAUUACUCGGAUUAAGGAGAAAUAAUAAAGAAAGAUUAACCAGAAAGUUUUAAUUUAUAUAUGUAUUAUGUAAAAACAUGUUGCGAAUAAAAGUAGUUUUAACAAGCC